AUGACGGAACGGUACUGGACGUCGGGCUUUAAUGUCGCCGCACAACUCAAGACUGCGUCCUCACCACUGAAGAAGCGAAUCUCCCGCCGCACUCCCUCCGCCACAGCUGUGAAUAAAACACCUCAUGUCAACCUGGAUCAACAGAGUCUGCGUGAAAAUGCUCCCAGAGAUACAGUGUUCACUACAGUCACAGAGACGACACAAAACUACACCUGUGCGGAAGAAUUGCACCAUGUACAAUCUGAAUAUGCAAUGAAGAGCCCAGGCUGUGAUCAGUAUUGGUCUGCACAGGAUCAUUCUAUUGCAACAUUUCUGCAAUCCACCCCAGAGUGUCAUAGUCCAUGCAAAGAGGUGUUCGCUGGGGGAAUCGUUCUGACUGACUGCGUCAAUAUCACCCUGGCUGUAAUAUGCACUAGAGACUAUUUGACUGAAUACCGUGUACAUUUUUAUGGCGAAAGAGUCCCUCAAUCACUGAUCAACCCUGUGAACAGAGGUCACACUGGUGUUUUUCUGCUCAUUACCUUGGUGGUCAUAGCCAUUGUGGUGUGUCUGCUGUGUGUUGCAUAUGCAUACAAAAACAACAGAAGCAACGUUCAAGCCACUUACAGUGAUAUGGGAUAAAGAGAGUGUUCAACAGAUUCUUUUUAAUUCUGUAGGAUUUUUUUUUUUCUAGAAAUAGCUUUAUUAUGGCAGGGCUCCAUUUUAUUAGUUUAGAGCAUAGGAAUAGUACAUCUUAUAUAUUGUACGGUUAGAAAUAGUAUAGGAUAGCAUAGGAAUAGUAAGUGUACAGUACAUGGAGACACAUGAAAACAUGGGGUUUGAUGUCUCCCAUCCUCCGAAUAGUACGUCUUAUAUACUGUACGGUUAGAAAUAGUAUAGGAUAGCAUAGGAAUAGUAAGUGUGCAUGGAGACAAAUGAAAACAUGGGGUUUGAUGUCAUUUACAUUUAUUCAUUUAGCAGACCCUUUUAUCGAAAGCGACUUAUAAUUGAGGAAUACAUCAAGCGAUUCAUCAUAAAGAGGCAAAUAAACGAAGCGCUCGAAAUACAAGUUUCAGGCAUUGUUCUGGUUAGUACAAGCUAGACGGGGGAUUAAGGAAAGAGAAAGCAAAGUUUUUUUUAUUAUUAUUAUUUUAGGAUGAGGUCAAAUGGUGAUGAAAGAGAUGAGUUUUUAGCUGUCGCUUAAAAAUUCUCAGGGAUUCAGCAUUCCGGAUGGAGGUGGGAAGAUAAUUCCACCAGCCAGGAAUGGUGAAUGAAAAUGUUCUGGAAAGUGGUUUUGUGCCCCUCUGUGAUGGUACCACGAGACAUCGCUCACUCGUAGGUCUCAGACUUGUAGAGGGGAUGUUCCCCAUCCU